CUCUCUCCUCAACUGUGUUUACUCCAUACUUAAGCAAAUAAACAAACCCGCUCAUUUUUGACACAUUCAAAAAAGCUACUCCCCUUCCCCUUCCCCUUCCCUCUCUCUUUCUUCUUCCUUUCUCUCUUUCCUUCAACCAAACCAAUUCAAAAGCAAAAGCACCUUCAAAAAAGAGAUCACACUCCAAAAAGCACCCAAAAGCUAAAGAUAACCACGUUAAGCAAACCAACAACCAAACCCCAUAUAAACAACUACCACACCAAAAUGAAUGCUUCAGUCUCACCCUCCAUCAUCACCGGCAGCUGCUGCGUUCGUGUUUUCUCGGGUUGCCAACUAUGUCGUCGUCGUCGGAAAUUGUUCUUUCUGAACCAAUUCAAGAAACAUACCAUGAAAUUGACGAGACGGAUAUUCCGAGUACAAGUACCGGAAUUCGAACUAGGACUACUUUUACAAGGUCUAUUACUUUCGGAGAUGCUGAUGAUGAUUAUAAUAAUUAUGUGCCCAAACCCUUUGAAAGUGAGAAAUUGCCUCUCACUUUGUCUUCUGGAAUUCGACGAUUUCUUCGUGUUGCUAAUCAGAUUGAAAUUCAAGAGCCUCGUGUUGCUUAUCUAUGUCGUUUCCAUGCUUUCGAGAGGGCACAUAAUAUGGACAAAAGUUCUAAAGGGCGUGGUGUUCGGCAGUUUAAAACUGCACUACUUCAGCGCCUUGAGCAGGAUAUGGACGAGAGUAUUGCAAGACGGAAGGAAAAGAGUGAUGUACGUGAACUUAGACGUGUUUAUAAUGGAUAUAAAGAUUAUAUCAUCAGACAUACUGGAACUGACGAUUUCACCAACAGAGAUAAGUUAACAAAUGCACGAGCCAUUGCUUCUGUUCUGUAUGAAGUAUUAGUUGCAGUUACAAGUGCAACUGGCCAUCAGCUCCACGGUGAUAGAGGUUCAAUCUAUGUCACAUACAAUAUCUUGCCACUGGGCAAUGAUGGUGUUCACCAACCUAUCAUGCAACUCCCUGAGAUCAAGGUUGCUGUAGCAGCUAUACGCAAUAUUCGUGGUUUACCUUUCAUGGAAGAAUUUAAGAAGCGCAAACCUCCAAGGGCUCCUUUUGACAUAUUUGACUGGCUUGGUUUUGUCUUCGGGUUUCAGACAGGAAGUGUUGCCAACCAGAGGGAGCAUCUACUUUUACUUCUUGCCAACACCCACAUUCGGCAGAGUCACAAGCAAGCAUCAGUGCUGCAGUUUGCUGAUGGAGCAUUGGAUGGACUAAUGAAAAAGUUCUUCAAAAAUUAUACAAAGUGGUGCAAGUUUUUAGGCAAAAAAAGCAACAUCCGGUUACCUUAUGUGAAACAGGAAGCCCAACAAUAUAAACUGUUGUAUAUUGCGCUUUAUCUUCUAAUUUGGGGAGAAGCUGCAAACUUGCGAUUGAUGCCAGAGUGUCUUUGUUAUAUUUAUCACCAUAUGGCCUACGAGUUGCACAGCAUGUUAACUGAUGCUGUUAGCUUAAUGACAUGGGAGAAGGUCAUGCCAGCAUAUGGAGGAGAGAACGACGCUUUUCUUAAAAAUGUUAUCGGACCAUUUUACAAAGUUAUAUCUGAGGAAGCUGAGAAAAGCAACAAGGGAACUGCUGAUCAUUCUAAAUGGAGAAACUAUGAUGACCUGAACGAGUACUUCUGGUCACCGGAUUGUUUUUCAAUAGGUUGGCCGAUGCGCACAAAUGAUCAUAAUUUUUUCUUUGUGAAAACGAAAUCUGAUGGUGAUCAAAUUAAGGGUAACAUCUACGAUCGCUUAAAGAAAUUAAAAGGAAAGAGGGCAGUGAAGGAUGAGGAACAAGCAGACAUUGGAGAUGAAGACAAGGACAGUCAAAAGGAAUGGCUAGGGAAAACAAAUUUUGUUGAGAUUCGUUCUUUUAUGCAGAUAUUUAGAAGUUUUGAUAGAAUGUGGACUUUUUUGAUUUUAGCCCUUCAGGCUCUGAUUAUUAUUGCUUGCCAUGGUGUAAGCUCUCCUCUUCAAUUGAUUGAGACAACAAUACUUGAGGAUUUAAUUAGCAUCUUCAUCACAUCUGCAGGGCUCAAAGUUAUAAAAGCUAUUCUUGAAAUUGUAUUUACAUGGAAAGCUAGGACGACAAUGGAUUCAAAACAGAUCUGGAAAUAUGUUUUGAGGCUAAUUGUUGCCUUGAUUUGGGCAAUAGUUCUUCCGGUGUACUACGUGCACACGAGAAGAAAGUACACAUGCUACUCCAUCCGACCGGGGAGCUUGGUUGGAGAUUGGUGUUAUUCAUCAUACAUGGUGGCAGUUGCUGUUUACCUGAUUGGUAGUGCAGUUGAUAUUAUCCUUUUCUUUGUUCCCGCAAUUGGUAGAUACAUUGAGACCUCAAACAACAGGAUCUGCACCUGCCUGUCAUGGUGGACACAGCCUAGAUUAUUUGUUGGACGUGGAAUGCAAGAAGAUCAAAUUUCCGCAUUCAAGUAUAUGCUAUUCUGGGUGUUGCUACUGCUGAGUAAACUGUCGUUCAGUUAUUAUUUUGAGAUAAAACCACUUAUAGAACCAACAAGACAAAUGAUGCGAAUCGGUUUGCAUAGAUAUCAAUUGCGUGAGCUAUUUCCUCAUGUCAAAAGUAAUGCAGGUGUAGUUGUUGCUAUUUGGGCUCCUAUUCUGCUGGUAUAUUUUAUGGACACGCAGAUCUGGUAUUCUGUUUUCUGUGCACUUUUUGGUGGCAUUUAUGGAAUUUUACAUCAUCUUGGUGAAAUACGGACAAUGGGAAUGUUACGAAGUAGAUUUCAGUUGCUACCUUCUGCAUUUAAUGCUCGCCUGAUCCCGCCAAAUUUAAGAAAUGAUGGAGGCAGGAUAAAGAAAGGGUUCUUUAGUCAACUCAAAAAGGCGUCUGGAGAUAACAAGAGUGAUCUUGCAAAGUUUGUAAUAAUGUGGAACCAAAUAAUCCUCAGUUUCAGACAAGAGGACUUGAUAAAUAACAGGGAGAGGGAUUUGAUGAUUAUGCCCUUGUCAUCAGAAAUAUUAUCUGGCCAUGUUCGCUGGCCUGUCUUCCUUUUGACAAAUGAAUUCUCAACAGCAAUGAGCAUUGCUAAGGAAUUUCUUGGGAAAGAUGAAGAUCUAAUUAAAAAAAUAAAGAGAGGGAGCCUUAUGUACUAUGCAGUGAAAGAGUGCUACAAGUCACUGAAAUAUAUUCUUGGAAUCAUUGCUGUUGGGGAGUUGGAGAAGAGAAUUGUGUCAGGUAUAAUAGCUGAAAUUGACGAAAGCAUUCAAAGAUCUACCCUGCUUCAGAAUAUUCAAAUGAGAGAGCUACCAGCUCUACAUGCUAAAUGUGUAGAAUUGCUUGAGCUACUGGUCCAAGGAAAUGAGCUUCAUCAUGUUGAAGUAAUUGAUUUGGUUCAUCAUGCUGAAGUAGUAAAUGCUGUUCAUGUUGAAGUAGUAAAAGUACUCCAAGACAUAUUUGAACUUGUGACAAAUGACAUGAUGAUAAAUGGUUCCAGAACUUUGGAUACCCUCCACUCUUCUGAGCAAAAUGUUGAAGAUUCAGCAUACUUCUUUAGGAAAAUUCAACCAGAAAUAUUUGGAUCGAAGGAUUCUAUUCAUUUUCCACUGACUAACGAUGUGACGCUCCAUGCCAAAGUAAAACGCUUCCUCUUGCUACUUACCGUCAAAGACAAAGCUAUGGAUGUUCCUGCAAACUUGGAUGCUCGAAGGCGCAUUUCUUUCUUUGCCACUUCUCUCUCUAUGAAUAUGCCUGCUGCUCCUAAAGUGCGAAAUAUGCUUUCAUUCAGUGUGUUGACCCCACACUACAUGGAAGAAGUCAAGUUUUCUGUGAAGGAACUUCUAUCGAGCCAAGAACAAGUGUCAAUUAUAUACUAUAUGAGAAAGAUUUAUCCAGACGAGUGGAAAAAUUUCUUAGAACGCAUGGGUUGUGAAGAUUUAAAUUCUUUGUUGGAAAUAGACAAAGAGGAUGAGCUUAGGGAAUGGGCUUCAUUCCGGGGUCAGACUUUGAGCAGAACAGUCAGAGGAAUGAUGUAUUACAAAAAGGCCCUAAAAUUACAAGCAUUUCUUGAUAUGGCCGAGGAUCGAGACAUUCUUCAAGGUUAUGAUGCCAUCGAACGGGGGAAUGAGACAAUAUCUGCUCAUUUGGAUGCAUUAGCAGACAUGAAAUUUACGUAUGUUGUUACAUGGCAAAUGUACGGCUCUUGCAAAUCUGUCGGAGAUCCGCGUGCUCAAGACAUGAUUGAUCUAAUGACUAGGUACCCAGCUUUGCGUGUUGCUUAUGUUGAGGAGAAAGAGGAAAUCAUUGGAGAUGAGAAUCAGAAGGUUUAUUCGUCUGUGUUAGUCAAAGGAGGAGUCAAUGGUCAAGAUCAGGAAGUGUAUCGUAUAAAGCUUCCAGGUCCGCCUAAUAUAGGUGAAGGAAAGCCAGAAAACCAAAACCAUGCAAUAAUUUUUACGCGUGGUGAAGCCCUCCAGACAAUAGAUAUGAAUCAAGAUAACUAUUUGGAAGAAGCUUACAAAAUGAGAAACAUACUGCAAGAGUUUUUGGAAGAUCGAGGACGCCGGGCUCCCACUAUAGUCGGUUUGAGAGAACACGUAUUUACUGGAAGUGUCUCUACCCUAGCAUGGUUCAUGUCGUACCAAGAGACAAGCUUUGUGACGAUUGGCCAGAGAAUUUUAGCUAAUCCUCUCAGGGUACGGUUUCAUUAUGGUCAUCCAGAUUUAUUUGAUAGGAUAUUUCACAUAACACGAGGUGGUAUCAGCAAAGCCUCAAAAACGAUAAACCUAAGCGAGGAUGUUUUUGCCGGAUUCAACUCUGUACUGCGGCGUGGAUAUGUUACAUAUCAGGAAUACAUCCAAGUGGGCAAAGGUCGCGAUGUAGGACUGAUCCAGAUAUCAAAAUUUGAAGCAAAAGUAGCCAACGGGAACAGUGAACAGACUCUAAGCCGUGACAUAUAUCGUCUUGGGCAGCAAUUUGACUUCUUCCGGAUGCUAUCAUGCUAUUACACAACCAUUGGCUUCUAUUUCAGUAACCUAGUGUCAGUGAUUUCCGUAUAUGUGUUCCUCUACGGGCAGCUGUACCUCGUUCUUAGUGGACUGCAGAAAGCACUUAUACUUGAAGCUAGAGUCCAUAACGUACAAUCCUUAGAAACUGCUCUGGCUUCACAGUCAUUUAUACAGCUAGGACUCUUGACAGGUCUACCUAUGGUUAUGGAGAUUGCAUUGGAAAGGGGCUUCUAUACAGCCCUUAAAGAUUUUGUCCUACUGCAGCUGCAACUAGCUUCUGUAUUCUUCACCUUCUCAUGUGGAGCAAAAUCUCACUAUUAUGGUAGAACGAUUCUACAUGGUGGUGCCAAAUAUAUUCCUACAGGUCGCAAGGUUGUGAUAUUUCAUGCUAGCUUUACAGAGAAUUACAGAUUGUAUUCAAGAAGCCACUUUGUGAAAGGAUUUGAGCUGCUGCUCCUGUUGAUUGUUUAUGAUCUGUAUCGGAAAUCCUAUCAAAGAAGCAUGGCAUAUGUCCUAAUCACAUAUGCUAUCUGGUUCUUGUCUCUGACAUGGUUGUUUGCUCCAUUUCUGUUUAAUCCUUCUGGUUUUGACUGGCCAAUAAUUGUCGAUGACUGGAGAGAUUGGAACAAAUGGAUAAGGCAGCAAGGUGGUAUAGGAAUCCCACCUGAUAAGAGCUGGCAGUCUUGGUGGGAUGAUGAGCAGGAGCAUAUUCGUCGUUCCAGAUGGAGUUCUAGGAUCAUUGAAAUUAUUCUCUCACUACGGUUUUUUGUCUAUCAAUAUGGCCUGGUAUACCAGCUGGACAUUUCCAAGAACAGCAGCAACUUUAUUGUCUAUGUCUUCUCAUGGGUUGUCAUAGGAGUGAUUUUUCUCUUGGUCAAGAUAGUGAAUAUGGGAAGGCACUGGCUAAGUGCUAGUCAUCAGUUUCUGUUCAGACUAUUCAAAGCAUGCCUCUUCUUGUCUGUUAUAUCAACAAUUAUCACACUUUCGCUUGUAUGUGAUCUUUCUAUCAUGGACUUGCUUGUAUGCUGCCUGGCCUUUCUGCCCACUGGAUGGGGUUUAAUAUUGAUUGCACAAACUCUCAGGCCUCUAAUAGAGAACACUGGAAUUUGGGACUUUGCUAGGGUUUUUGCUCGGUCUUAUGAUUAUGGUAUGGGCGUGGUCCUUUUUGCCCCCAUUAGUUCCUUCUCUUGGCUUCCGAUUAUAUCAGCCUUUCAAACUCGUUUUCUUUUCAACGAAGCGUACAAUAGGAGAUUACAUAUUCAACCUAUUCUUCAAGGGAAGAAGAAGCGCACUUAGGCUAGGCUGCUCACGGUAGAUUAUUUUUGUCCAUGUAUAGUCCAGCCACAUUAGCAGAUCCUUAGGUAGCUGUGAAUAACAUAGGUUAUGUUUUUUUGAAAAAAAAAAUAGGAAUUUAAUUGUGUGUAUGUAGCUAGAGAAUAAUGAAAUGAUAUACAAAAUACAGAUUAGUACUAGUGUACCAGUAUUAAACGUUGUCCUGGAAAAUUAAGAUUGCAAAUUACAUGAAUUUGAGAUAAUUGGGCAGAACUAAAUUGAGUGUAAAAUUUUCUUAA